AUGGCGUCUAUUCUCGUGGAGCUGGUGUUACUGUCUCCACUGCACUCUGUGGUGGAGCAGGCACAAUUAGAGUUCACAGAGUGUGUCUCGGUUCCUACCCAUCUCUGGGCUAGUGCUGCUGCCAUGCUUACUCUUGUCCUGGCUACGUAUCUUGAGUUCACAAAAGCAGUGACUCUGAUUCAGACCCCUGCAUUAGAAAUCCACAGGCAGUGCCAUCCCGCAAACCCAAAGGGAUGGAGCCUGGUCUCCUCCAGUGAGCCACCAAGUCAGAAAAUGCCCACAGAAGUCAGAACAGGGGCAUUAGUGUCUUUGACUGCCAUACAUCAUAGCAGUGCAUCUUUGUCCUGGGUGUCCCUUUCUUCCCACUCCCCUCUGCUUCCACUCAAGGCACUGUUUCCUGUUUCUGUGCUGCUGUCCUGUGGCCCACAAAAUGCUCAGGCCUCUAAGGGAAUUGACAAACAUCCUGGGCUCUGCAGGGGGCAGACCUUCAGACCACCUGGCAAGCGGGGAACGGUGGAUGAGGAUGCGGAGGACGCUGCUUUGGGUGCCCUGAGCCUUCGGGGCUGUGCUGACAGGAGCCAUGCUGACCUACCGGUCGAGUGGGUGGCAGAAAUGGAGGGAGAAGAAGAGGAGCAGUUCCAGGGCCAGGAACUGCUCGAUUGCCAGGUGCAGCUGGGGACCCCUGAGGAAAGGGAGAACGUGGGCCUGAUGGCUGAGGCCGAGGCCGUGGCAGCCAGCUGGAUAUUCGAUUUCCUCUGCUUCUCUCUUUGCUGAGCCUUCCACCACGGCCGCUCUGAGGACUUCCAAAGGACCCGCAACAGCACAGAGGCUAUCAUUCAUGGACUACCCAGUCUAACAGCUUACCAGUUGAAAACCGUAUACAUAUGUCAGUUUUUAACAAGAAUCGCAGCAGGAAAAACCCUUGAUGCACAGUUUGAAAGUGAUGAACGAAUUACACCCUUGGAAUCAGCACUGGUGAUUUCGGAUUCAGUUGAAAAGGAACAUGACAAACUUCAUGAGGAAAUACAGAAUUUAAUUAAAAUACAGCCUUUACAGAGGAAAUUGCGUAUAAUAAUCUCUUGGAAAGAUACAUUGCAUUCCAUUUUUCAACACUUCAGCUUCAAUCACAUGAUGGAAAAAAUUAAGACUUACGUGAAUGACAUGCUAAAUGAAAAGCCCUCAACCUUUUUCAUGAAGGCAGCAGCAAAAGUAGUGGAAAGUAAAAGAACAAGGACAAUAACUUCUGAAGAUAAACCUAAUAAUGGUAAUAUUACUGAAAUUGAAAGUGAAGCUAAUUUGGAUAGAGGAAAAAGUGUGAAUGACAAACAGUCUACAGUAACUGAAUCCUUAGCGGGUACACUAUCCUUAUCGGUGUCUCACAAGAAUCUCUUUUUAUCUAAGUUGAAAUACGGAAGCCAGCAACAAGACCUUAAUAAGAAAAAAGAAAGAGUAGGAACUCUUCAAUGUAAAAGAAAGAUAAGAGAGAAAAGAGCAACUGAAAGCAGGAUAUCACAUGUUUCAAAGAGUCAAGCAGUAACUCCUGAGAAACAUCAAUCUAGAAACAAACAGGCAUGGCUUUGGGAAGAAGACAAGAAAUUGAGAUCUGGGGUGAAGAAAUAUGGACAGGGAAAGUGGUCUAAAAUACUAUUACAUUAUAAAUUCAAAAAUCACACAGGUGUUAUGUUAAAAGACAGAUGGAGGACUAUGAAGAAACUAAAACUGAUUAACUCCGACAGUGAAGACUGAAUGUGUUUCUAAAAGCUUGACGAAGAGACAUUUAAAUAUUUUGAUCACUAUAUUUUGUUUGA